AUGCUGGCGUUAAUCGCUAUUAACAGCAACGAGGCGAUAAAUGCAUUACGGCUCAAUUCAUCGGAUGAGAAAAAUGGAAAGCCAGAUCCAGAAGUUGUGUCUGUUAGUGGAGCUUCAAGUGCCGAAGUGCGGAUGAAACCUACCAUCGGCUUGUUGAACAGUAUAACAAUCAUUAUCGGUUCAGUCAUCGGCUCCGGAAUUUUCAUCAGUCCGUCAGGAAUCCUGGCUAACGUGAACAGUUUUGGUGCAAGCAUUGUUAUCUGGAUCGCGUGUGGACUGUUUUCACUGAUGGGCGCAUACUGUUACGCUGAACUGGGCACGAUGAUGCAUCGUUCCGGUGGAGAUUAUUCCUAUGUUCUGGAAGCGUUUGGCCCUUUUGUUGGCUUUUUGAGACUCUGGGUGGAGGUGAUAGUUGCCCGUCCAGUGGCUAUUGCAAUCAUAGGAAUGACGUUCGCGCAGUACAUUCUGCAGCCGCUCUAUCCCGACUGCGAACAGCCAAAGGAGGCAAGGAUGUGCUUGGCUACUAUGUGUGUCCUUCUCCUCAGUUUCAUCAAUUCCAUCUCUGUUCGUAUGUCAACACGCGUGCAAGAUAUUUUUACGUUCGCCAAGAUGGCAGCCUUACUGCUGAUCAUUGUGACAGGUCUGGUCCAAAUUGGUCGAGGUUAUACGGAAGGUUUUCAGGACGCGUUCGAGGGUUCCAACUGGAAUCCUGGUGCAUUGGCUAAUGCGUUCUACAAUGGUCUAUUCGCAUACUCCGGUUGGAACUAUUUAAACUGCAUGAUCGAGGAGAUGUCAAAUCCGAAAAAGCAUUUGCCUAUUGCAAUUGUCUUCUCCUGCCUGACUGUUACCACGGUGUACACACUGGCCAAUGUGGCUUAUGUGACCAUGGUUCCCGUGAACGAAAUUCUCACAUCUCCGGCUGUGGCUAUUACAUUUGCUACUCGUGUUUACGGCCCGGUUUGGUGGAUCAUGCCAAUUUUCGUUGCCUGUUCAACUUUUGGCGGUGUCAACGGAACAAUUAUGACCACGUCUAGAAUCUUCUUUGUGGCCAGUCAAGAAAACCAAAUGCCCCGAUUCUGCUCAUUUUUGCAUAUGACUCAACUUACGCCAAUUCCUGCUGUGAUGAUCACGUGUAUAGUCUCGAUCGUCUACCUGCUAACCGGAAGUAUAAAUUCGCUCAUCACCUAUUUGGGGUUCGUUCAAUGGCUUGCGAUCGGACUGUGCGUGUUCAUUGUGAUCGUUUUCCGAUUUACUCGUCGUGAUGCAGAACGACCGGUGAAGGCUCCGCUGGUCUUUGCAAUCAUCUACGUUUUGGGCACCCUGUUCCUAGUGGUAUUCGCUUUCGUCGGCUCACCUACCGAGUCCGGCUAUGGAGUGGCAAUUAUUGUCGCCGGGAUCCCGUUCUAUUUCCUCGCUCGAUUCUUUGACAAGCUACCGAAGAAAAUCCGAACACAUAUGCGUAAGAUAAUAAUUAAAUCUGGUCUCAUUCGGUGUGUUUCGAUGACCUGUUUCCAGUCAGGUUGUGUUCAUCUAAGUCUGUUUGAGUUGCUACUAGCUAUAGGCGAAAUGAAACUUCAUGUGUUACCAGGGCUCUGUACGGGGGAGGCUAAGAUGUUUGACGUGGAUGUGUUGUAA